UCCACAGUUGGGAGAUGUGGCUCCUCCCAGUGAGCAACAAUAUCACCCACAGCUGGGAGAAGGAGCUGUAGGAGGAGCUGUAGGAGAGGUAUUUAUAGAAUCAGAGGAAAGUAAAGGAGCUGCUGUAGUGUCACCUAUCAGCCGUCCCCCUCCACCAUAUGCUGGGUUGCUGGAGCAAGCCAUGAAACCACCAACACUAACACCUCAGAGAACACCACGUCUUUGUGCUGCUGAAUGGUUGACUCCAAUGGUGGUGAGGAGAAAAACAAGUUUCAAUCCAGGUGGCUUAGCUAUGACAAGGUCAGGAACUGUUUAUCAGCCCACAAUGUCAGCUUCAACAUUGGAUCUUCCGUCUGCUGCUCCAGAGGAGGGAGCAUGUGGAGGUGCUUUUGGAGACACAUUUCUUGGCCCAAUGAUAGAAUGCCCUAAUGGAGCUGGGGGUGUACAGCAUGUUUAUAGACCAUGGAAGAUAACAGAAUUGCAGGCUAUCAUUGACAAACUCCCAGACCCUAAGAAUAAUGGAAAAGUCUUUGCAGACGCUUUGGCAAAGAUGGUAAUACAGUGUAAACCCACUGCUGCUGAAUUGGAGCACGUUUGUGCUACUAAGAUGGGUCUUGCCUGGGGAGAAGUUAAGCCUGCUAAUUGGGAUCCAGCUGCCCCAUGGACUGUUGCAAAUGGCGCCCCUUAUCAAACGCAGCUGGCAGCUUUGUGUCAAGCAUUGGUGACACAAUUUAAACCAGUCAUAAAUAUGACAACUGUAAAUGCAUGUGUGCAAAAACCAGAAGAAUCAUUUGAUGAUUAUUUCUUCAGAAAGCUCCAAGUUUUUAACACACAUAGUGGAAAUGAACAACCAGCUAACACUGUCGAUGAUACUGUGUGGGAAAGACAGUUUGUACAGGCCUUGGUGGAUGGUCUGUCUCCGGAAGUGAGAGCUAUUUUCGUCAGACACUGUGUGGCAUGGCAAACUGCCAGAUUGAAUGACAUUAAAAGAUAUUGCAUACAUGCUGAGACUGUUCUUCAGGAUGAAAGAAACCAGCAAAAGAAGAAAUCUAAAGUAGUGGCUGAAAGAUUGCAGAUGGUUCAGAUGGCUUAUUAUGCUCCACCUGUAAGAGGCAGAGGUCGAGGACGAGGAAGAGGUAGAGGCUUCUCCUUUAACAAUAGAGAUGGAAGCGAGGCCUGUUGGAAGUGUGGCCAAAUGGGCCACUGGGCCAGAGACUGUCCUGUUGCAAUGUCGGAGGAAUGGGAUGGUGGACAAGGAGUGGCACGUCCUCCACCUGGCAAUGUGUCUGUGAAUAGACCAUUUGGAAGAAGGAAUCAACUAUCACAGAGAACAUGACUGUCUGAGCAAGUCUCGAAUCCUUCUAUUAUUCAGGAGAAGGAGAGUGAAAAACCUCAAAUAAAUAAUUCUGAAAACUCUGAUCUAUUUUACCUUUCUCUUUGCUUCAAGUCUAAAGAACUUCCAAUGUUUAAAAUCACAGUCCACGGCACCACCUAUGAAAUGCUGGCUGACACAGGAGCUACUGAAUCAACAUUAAGAUCGGCAACAGAAGCUUUCCAUUUGUCUCAAAAAAUUAAGACUUGCAUUGGAGUCUCCGGAACACCUAUAAAGUGUAAGGUGACCAAACUGUGUCCAGUAGAAUGUGAGGAAUUUGGUGUUUCAAAAAUACAGCAUUCAUUUGUCAUUGUCCCAGAGUGUCCGGUGAAUUUGGCAGGAAGAGAUUUGUUAUGUGCUUUGGGCUUGACUAUUGAGUGCACAGAAAAAGGUUUAGUGUUGAAAAAAUCUGAUCAUUGUGACGAAACUUUGGCUGUUAUGGUGUGUCACUCCCCAGCUGUUGAGUAUUGUUGGAGCAUAGACCCUUCUUCAGUUGCGCAGGAAUUGCAUGAUUUUGUUAAGACUCAUAGUGAUGAAAUGUUUUUUAGACAGGAUUUAUGCAGCUAUAAGUGUGUGUCACAUGUAACAUAUGAAGGUGUAGAUGAACAGUUUAAGGAAGAGUGGAACAGACAAAUACAAGAGGAAAGGUUGCAUGGUAAUGGUAUUGUGGUCACAGAGGAUUUUGUUGUUUUGCUUGUUGAUCUAAAUGAAAUGCAGAGGAAAGUGUUUCGGAAGAUUGGUGUCCCUUAUGUUGUUUUGGCCAGUUCGCCAGCGCUUUCAGAUUAUGAUGUAGGGAUGGUAUUACAAGGCAUGGAUGUGUCCUGUUGUGACACUAAGUUAGCUACAGGCCAGAAGGUGAACUGUGAAAAGGGAGUCAUUCUCCAUCCUUUCCACUGUACAUUUAGCGCCCACAGGACAAUUCAAUUGGCUGAUCAGUUUCCCCUUGUGGUCCAUAAUUUUGUGAUGGACAGUUUUGAGUCUAAAGAAAACCAUCCAGCAUUGGAAGGUGUUCCUAAACAAUUGUGGGCAACACAUAAAUAUGAUGUGGGUCUGAUCAAGGAUGCCACUCCAUUAGUAGUGGUUCCUAAAUCAGAUUACAGGCCUAAUAAGCGACAAUAUCCUCUGAGGCCCGAUGCAGAAGAAGGUAUGACUCCUAUUAUUGAGCAACUCUUGAACGAUAAAAUUAUUGUUCCAGCUCCAACUUCUCCAUGUAAUACCCCACUCCUUCCAAUAAAGAAAGCUGAUGGCAAAUCCUGGCGACCUGUUCAUGAUCUGCGUGCUGUGAAUGAGGCUGUGUUUGCCCGUGCAGCAGUUGUACCCAAUCCAGCUACAAUCUUGUCUUCAGUACCUGGUAAUGCAAAAUGGUUCACUGUGAUAGAUUUGGCAAAUGCUUUCUUUAGCAUUCCAGUUGAUCUGGCUUCACAAUAUUGGUUUGCUUUUACUUUUAAAGGUAAAAAAUAUACUUGGACCAGAGUUCCUCAAGGAUUUGCAGAAUCACCAACAGUUUAUUCAGCUGCAUUGCAGGAAAAUUUAGCAGGUUUUGUAUUUCCCAAGGGAAGUACUUUAAUUCAGUAUGUAGAUGAUUUGCUUGUGUGUUCGAUAUCUGAGGAAAACUGCAUCGCGGAUACAAACGCCCUUUUAAAAUAUUUAGCUUUGCAGGGACAUAAAGCGUCGCUAGAAAAACUCCAGUUGGUAAAACAAGAAGUGCACUAUUUGGGACAUGAGAUCUCACAAAAUAAACGAACAAUUGGCAAAGACAGAAUUCAAGCGGUACUGUCAAUGCCUAAACCAAUGACGAAGAAACAGGUGCUAUCCUUUUUGGGAUGUACAGGCUACUGUAGACAGUGGAUCUGUGAUUAUGCUAAAAUAGUUCAACCACUUUCAGACAUGGCGCAUGCGACUGGACUGACUGCACAUGACUUAGUGACUUGGACUCCUGAAGCUACUAACUCUUUUGUAAAACUGAAGGAAGCCUUGGCUUCUGCUCCAGCCUUAGGCAUUCCUGAUUUGUCAAGGGAUUUCACUUUGGCAGUGGAUGAGAAGAAAGGGUUUUAUAGUGCUGUUUUGCUUCAGAAGCAUGGUGAUAAACUUAAGCCAGUUGCUUAUUAUUCUCAAAGGCUUCCAUCUGUUGUGAGAGGGCUUCCUCCUUGUUCUAGAGCAGUGGCUGCGGCUGCAGCGGCUGUGACAGCUUCCUCUUCUUUAGUGGCUUACAGAUCUUUGACUGUUUUGGUUCCACACGCUGUGGCUACUAUUCUUCUUCAAGCUAAGACGGCUCAUUUUACCCCAGCUUCUACCCUCCAUUAUUAUAACAUUUUGAGUCUUCCACAUGUCACCUUGCAAAGGUGUAAUGUCUUGAAUCCAGCCACCCUUCUUCCUAUUGAGGAGGAUGGGGAAGCUCACGACUGUCUGGCAGUUAUUGCUGAAACAGUAACUCCUAGACAAGAUCUUUCUGUUGAACCUCUUCUUAAUCCUGACCUGAUUUAUUAUGUGGAUGGAUCAGCUAGAAGGUUGGAAGGAAUAGGGGCUGUUGGUUAUGCCAUUGUUACUGAUCAUGAAGUGGUGGAAUCAGCAAGACUUCCAGCUCAUCUUUCUGCUCAGGCUGCUGAGCUUUUCGCUUUAACAAGGGCAUGCAUUCUUGCAUCUGGAAAAUCUGUUACUAUCUAUACUGACAGCAGGUAUGCUUUUGGAGUAGUACAUGAUUUUGGGACUUUGUGGAAGAAUAGAGGAUUCCUUACGUCACAGGGUACCCCGAUUCAACAUCAUCAACUUGUUGGCAAUCUUCUUGAGGCUAUCUUGCUUCCGUCUCAGAUAGCUGUUUGUAAGUGCCAAGCACAUGUUAGGAUUGGAGAUGCUGUUUCUAAAGGAAAUUCUCUUGCUGAUUCUGCUGCUAAGUCUGCUGCGGUUUCAUCUGAAAUGCAUUCGCUUCAAAUGUACCUUGCUUUUCCAGCGGCUCAGACCCCUUUUGAUCCACACAUGUCCCUUAAAGACAUCCAAUCAAUGGCCAGUGCAGCAGAAAAGACUGCGUGGAGGAAACAUGGUCGUUGUGAUUCAAAGGGCGUCUGGAGGGGUCCACAAGAUAAACCUUGCUUGCCUAAGCAACUUUUCCCCUACAUGGCGAAGCUCUCCCAUGGACCGGAUCAUGUUUCAAAGGGUGGUAUGACUGAAUUCAUUGCACAAAAUUGGGACUCCAUUGGCUUUAGCACCGUAGCAGAAAACUUUUGCAAAAGAUGCCUGGUGUGUGCUCAACAUAACAUAGGUGAAAGCAGCUCUUCCAUCGCCUCUGAGGGAAGGAGAAACAACCCAUCCUUUCCAGCCAGGAGAUUGGGUUUUGGUGAAGGAUCUGAGGAGACGACAUUGGCAUUCUCCGCGGUGGAGAGGUCCAUACCAGGUCCUGCUUACUACACCAACGGCAGUAAAAGUCAAGGAGAGGACAACUUGGAUCCAUGCGUCCCACUGUAAGAGGG